GUCCCUGAGGCAAGGCGACAACACAGGCGUGGACCUCGUCUGCAGCUACAGGAAGGAGCCCUCCAGCCCUGACUUGGACAGGGUGGGCCUUUACCACGAAGUGAGCAACAAGACCAGAGCCGUCACGCGCCUGGGCCCCUACAGCCUGGACAGGACCAGCCUCUACGUCAACGGUUACAACGAACAGCCAGUGAUGCGGCCAGUGACGCCCACUCCCACUCGGCCACCAACCACACCUCCAGGCCUCGAGCGUUUCACCGUCAACUUCACCAUCACCAAUCUCCCCUACGAUUCCGACCUGCACGUUCCUCACUCGGCAAAGCUCAACAGCACCCAGAGGGUCAUGACCACCUUGCUCAACCGCCUUCUCAAGGACACCAGCAUUGGCCCCAAUUUCCUUGGAUGUGCAACGACAGCCUUCAGGUCCCUGAGGCAAG